UACAUAACGGACAUCAUGCCGUGGAGGUGGAAUUAUUUUACGUUAGAAAAUAUGUGUAAAGCAACAUGUAAUCUUUGUGAUCAUCAUGAGAGGCCUCUGAUAUCUAAUCAAAAACGUCUAGAAGAUCAUCUAUUUACAACGAAUAGCGAAGCUCAUGAGGAAAGUGUUAAAAAGUUUAAUUUACUUUUUCCAUCUGGACGAAUUAAUUUAAAUAAAGUAAAUUGGGAUGAAUAUUAUAUAACAGAACAGUCAACUGGUAAUAUGCUCCAGCCAAUGGUAAAAUGCAAAGAUUGUCGUCAUCGAAUGUCUAUUGAGUGUGGUACGGAGGUUAAAAAAGACACAUUCCUACAUUCUACGGCUAAAAUGAAAUCACAUUUAAAAGAAAAGCAUGAUGUUGACCAAGAUAGCUGGAUACGAAUUAAUAAUGUGAUACAAGACCAUACUAAAGAUUAUCGUGACUUCAAGAAAUUAGGAGUGAUUGAUGUAUAUAUAUGUAAGAAAUGUGAUAAUGGUGAUUAUAAGAAUCGAGGAAAAAGUGCAAUCAUGUUCGUAAAGCAUUUGCAGGACAAACAUCGCGGUGAUAAAGAACUUCUAAAAUUUCCUUGGGCUAUCAUACCAAACGAAUUAUGUCCUUUAUAUUCUACUGUCAGAGAUCCUACAUUAAGCAGCGAUAUUGCUGAUCGUCCAGGUUUCAGCCGUCAAGGUAGCUCAGAGGUUUCCUCGGAGUCAACUCAGUUUCCAAGGAAACGCAAAGAAGAAGUCUUGAAGAAGAUGUCAGAGACGUUAGAAGAAGUCGUGAAGAAGAUAUCAGAGAUGUCUGAGGGUAGCACUCAGAUAGAGGAACCUCAAUAUAAACGCAGAAAAUCCAGUUCCGCGGACGAUUCAGACUGAGGAAAAAUAAUUAGAUACUGCUACAACAAGCAACAUUAAUUCAACUGUCAAGUUCGACCUCUAGUUCAGAAUCAUAACCAAUAUUUAAAUCGUAACCAAUGAAGACACCAAAUUUAAAUGAAGACACAGGCAAAGACUUUCUUGUCGAUAUGAUUGCAGAUCAUUUUAAUGAAAA